AUGGAUGGAACCAAGGCCUAUUUCUGCACAGACAAUCAGUGUGUCUCUCUGCAUCCCAGAGGCAUGGAUUCUGAGGCAAUGACCCCUGCAGUGUCCAAAAUGCCAAGGUUUGUCCUGGUGGUCCUGAUAUUAAUGGUUGUAACCUUGGUCUCCUCCCUUGUGGCUCUCUUUGUUGUGGGACCCUACCACCAUGUUUUCAAGGUGGCAGAGGUGCAAGAAUCUAUCGAGAUGUUGAAAGAUCAAGUGAAGAACUCUAGCACUUGGGGUGUAGAGAUCCAGAUGUUGAAGUGCAAUGUGGACAAUAUCAGUUCUCAGCUCCAGAUGCUCAGCAGUCACUUGGAAAAUGCCAAUGCUGACAUCCAGAUGGUAAAAGGAGAGCUAACAGAUGCCAACACCUUGAGUCUCCAGACCCAGAUGCUAAGGAGUUCCUUGGAGGGGGUCGAUGCUAAGAUCCUGAGGCUCAAAGAAGAUCUGGAAAAGGCAAAUGCUCUAACCUCCCAGACCCAGAGGUUCUUAAAAAGCAACUCCGAAAACACCACUACUGAGCUCCACAUGCUAAACAGAGGUUUAGAAAAUGCCAGUAUGAACAUUCAGAUAUUAAAGGCUGGCUUGGAAAUGGUGAAUGCUCAGACCCUGUUGGCAAACAGUAGUUUAAAAAAUGCUAAUGCUCAGAUCUUCCUUUUAAGAGGCAAUCUGAGCAGUGUCAAUGUUUUAAGGACCCAGAGUCAGGCUUUAAGAAGUGGUUUGGAAGGGGUCAAUGCUGAGAUCCAGAAGCUUAAGGGAGGUCUACAAAGUGCAGAUUCUGCAAAUUCCCACAUCCAGACCUUUGUGAAAGGCAGCUUAGAGAAGACUAGUGCAGAGGUCCAGCUACUAAAAGGUGGUUUGGAAAGGACUGGGGAUGAGAUUCACUCAAUAAAGAUGGAUUUGGAAAAAGCUACCACCCAGAGACAAAUAGCAAAGAGCAGUCUGGAGCAGACAAAUGCUCAGCUUGAAGAAUUAAAAGCAGAACUGAAAGUCACCAAUGCCUUAAAUUCUCAGGUUCAGGUGUUAAAUGAUCACUGGAAAAAUGCCACCAGCGAGAUAAAGACUUUAAGACAAAGCAUGAGGGGAACUGCGGCCUUAAAUGCCCAGACCCAGACCCUAAGAAGCAGCCUGCAGAAAGCCAAUGCUGAGAUCCAGAGGCUCACAGGUGACUUACGGAACACCAAAACUCUCACUGCCCAAAUCCAGGAGAAGCAGAACCGCCUUGUGGCACUCCAGGAGGCCUUUACUUCUCAGGAGCAGCAACAAAGGCUUCAAAAUCAACUUCUCCAGCUGAUCCUGAAAGGCUGGGAGGCCUACAGCAACAGCCUGUAUUACUUUUCUCAUGACAAGAAAUCUUGGAAUGAGGCUGAAGCAUUCUGUGUGUCCCAGGGAGCCCACCUCGCAUCAGUGACAUCUGAAGAAGAGCAGACCUUUCUGACAAAGUUUACGAGCACUUCUUACCACUGGAUUGGUCUCACUGACAAGGGCACGGAGGGCUCCUGGCGUUGGAUAGAUGGGACACAGUUCAGUGCCUUCCAGAGUAGAACGUUUUGGGAGAACAACCAGCCGGACAACUGGCGACACAAUAAUGGGCAGACUGAAGACUGUGUCCAUAUUCAGCAGAAGUGGAAUGACAUGGACUGUAGUGCCGCCUACCAUUGGGUCUGCAAGAAGUCCAUGGGCCAGGGUGUGGCCUAA